UAUCCUCUCAAUUAUAUCACACGUCUUCAAAGGGACCCGCCUAACAAACUUGCUACUUUAUUAGAUUAGGCAGCAGGUAGAACGUUGAUUGAUAUAAAGAUAAUACACUUAUCACCACUUAUUCAUUUUAGGUCAUGGCUAUGGAUAUGAAGGAAAUGUUAAUCCCAAGAGUAAAGCUGAAUUCUGGUCAUGAAAUGCCUCUUAUAGGCAUGGGAACAGCACCUGCCUUACCACCACAUGAUCAAUUAGUCUCCACACUUGUAGAUGCCAUUGAAGCUGGUUAUCGACACUUUGACACAGCCGCUCUCUAUGGCUCUGAGGAAGCACUUGGCCGAGCAAUAGUAGAAGCGCUACAACGUGGACUCAUUAAGAGCCGCGAAGAUGCGUUCAUUACCUCCAAAUUAUGGUGCACGGACGCACACCCCGACCUUGUUCUUCCUGCCCUAAAUAGAACUCUUGGGACGCUGGGGAUGGAUUACUUGGACUUAUACCUAAUACAUUUGCCAGUGAGGUUGAAGAAGAAGGUUAAUAGUGAUGAUUAUGAGGACACUAGGAUUGAAAAAGAGGAUGUAAUUCCAUUUGACAUGAUAGGGACAUGGCAAGCCAUGGAAGAAUGUUGCAGGUUAGGUCUAGCCAAGUCUAUUGGUGUCUCCAACUUCAGCUGCACCAAACUCUCAAAACUCCUGCACAAUGCUACCAUUCCUCCUGCAGUUAACCAGGUGGAAAUGCAUGUUGCAUGGAGACAAGAGAAGAUGUUAGAGUUUUGCAAGGAGAAAGGAAUACGCGUGAGUGCAUGGUCACCACUUGGAGCUAAUGGGAUUUCUCAAUGGGGCAACAAUGCUGUUAUGCAUAGCCCUGUCCUUAAAGAUAUCGCCAUUUACAAACACAAGACCGUUGCACAGGUGGCAUUAAGGUGGGUAUAUGAGCAAGGAGCUAGCGUAAUAGUGAAGAGUUUCAACAAGGACAGGAUGAAAGAGAACCUACACAUUUUGGAUUGGGAACUAAGUAAUGAAGAGGUCACUCGGAUUCAAGAGAUUCCUCCAUGCACUGGAUUUAAUGUUGAACUUAUAUUUGUUCAUCCAAAUGGACCAUUCAAAUCCGUGGACCAAUUCUGGGAUGGCGAGCCCGAAAUAUGAUCACUCACCUAAUAAUUAUUAUUAGUUUAUUAUUUCAGAAAGUCACUUUAAUUGCUGAAAAAGAUCGGAAUCAAGAAGGGUGACUUUGUAAGAUAAUAACGUAUUAGUUGAGUGACCUAGAAAUCAGUCCUUUAGAAGUCUCCAGCCUUUCAAUUAUUGCAAUUCUUAGUUGUUUAUAAAGUUAAGGUACUCAAGAAAAAUCGAAAAACGCAACUGAUCAAACCAUGAUAAGAUGGUGUAGUCUUCAAUUUAGUACUGAAUAAUUAAUUUAGCUGCAAUAUAUAGAAUAUUUUGUUUGAUUUGGUAUUAAAUAAUAAUAGUUGAACUAUAUUAUCCAACUAAACCGAAAAUGAUAUUGUUAAUA